AUGGUGCAUCGCGCCGUUGGACCUACGACGCCUGCUUGUGCUGCCGGUCGAACCGUCCACAGCAUGGUUGAUCAACCAAGAGUUCGAAGUGAUGAUGAGAAGAACCGGUACGGAUACGAAGAGCCAGUGGAAGCGGAUGCAAAGACCAGUACGAAUAAGAAGCAGAAAGUACGAACAAAAAGUAUCAGUACGGAUAAUAAAAAGUACCAGUGCCGACAGGAAAAACCAGUGCGGAUACGAAGAACCAACAAAAAGUGCAGAGUACGAAUACAAAGAACCAGUAAUUACGGAGUACCUAGUACGGAUAAGAAGAGGCUGCACGGAGAACAAAGCUCAGCAGCAACUGCAAUCAUGGUACCCGUCGAUGCGCCAUCAUCAGCCUAUUAG